CUCCAGAACUGUCAGUCAGUCUCAAGUUAAAUAAGAAAUAGAAAUAUGGCUGGAGCAACUUUCAGACUGCCUGCGGUAUUUUCCCAAUUUAUUCGGAAUUCCAACAUAAUUUCAGCAUCAAAACAAACACAAUCGCUAAUUGCUCCAGCUAAUGCAACGCAAAUCCCUCAUCGCAACUCUAGUUUUAGGUCGUCCAAACCCGUGGCAGACAUCUCUGAGUAUCCAGAAGUCGAAGUCAUCAAAAAUCCCCCCGAAUGGAAGUUUGUCGAAAGACUGAUCCCAAGCGUAGCUGUACCAAAACCUGUGCCCAAGCCAGAGUAUCCAUCGGGAUGGAGGCCACCGCAGCCAUCAAGUAUGAAACAUGACUAUUUCGUUGGUCGUACCAGAAAUUACAUGCUCCCAGUGUAUUUACAAACCAAAUACCGUGGACAGCGUCGCAUUACAAUCGUUCGGUACAUUCAGGGUGACAUCUGGAAACUUGAACGGGAAUUGCAUAAGCUUGUCGAGGACUCGAAAGGUGGAAAACUAGUUGCCAGCCGUGUAAAUGAGCUCAGUGGUCAAAUCCACUUCCAUGGUGACUAUGUUAAACUCAUAGCACAAUUUCUUGUUUCAAAAGGAUUUUAAAGUCAAAAAAUAAUAAAAAGUAAAAUUAGAAAUACAAAAAAAACCGCGUUUUGAGCUUGUUUGAAAAACUA